UCAGUUUCGCAGCUGAUCUCACUGGAUGGCUACGGAUACUGUAAUUUGUAACAAGGUUCUUCGAAGUAUUACGAAUAUGGCCGUGACAGCUCACUUCAACUGAUUGACAACCGUGGAAUCGAACAGUUGGAGAGCAUGUAAGCGGAAAACUAAGACGAAGGAAGCGCUGUGAUGCAAGCUGUCUAUAGCAGGCAACAACUGAGAGAAACACAGAUGAGGUAGUGCGAGAUUUGGCGAUGUAUUGGCGGUUAGAAACCCGUCGUCGUAAUCGAUAAUGUAGCGCUACACGCUGCUCUACCGCAUCAUGGUGAAGAAGACGAAGGUGUCCAUCUUGGCCCGCUCUUCUUCCGAGACGGAGUACUUGGUGGGUCUGUCGUAGGCCCUACGGGAUGUGGACAAAUCAGCGACGGGGCCAAUGCUAGAGGCCACAUUCUGAUUGGCGGGCGUGCGACGGCUGGAUGAAGACUGGAGUGAGCGCUUGGCAGCCUGCGACGGCAGCACCAGGGCGAUCAAGUCUUUCAACACAAUGGGCAUCUUUGGCGGUGCGGGGCUUGCAGCUGCUGGCGCGUAGGCUUCCAGACCGGAUGCUCUGGGUUACGGCGAAGGCGCUCGGUGGUAUUUUCUAUUAUGGUAAGGGAGAUCACGCUGCACCGAGACCACCAGAAAGUGGUUACUAACCUGCAUGGGACGUGGCGUUUAGUUAUUCGCCUGCGUCGUCGCGUGGUGCUCGAUCGGAUCGCGGCUGGACUACCAUCCGAUGAUGGACAUCGCGUCGCGCGUGACUCGUACACGUAUGCAGCGCUGUCACUGCUGUGGCUUCUUCGACUUGAUGGAGUGGCGAAUCCACAAACGUCGAUCUCACUGGAUGAGGACACCCGAGAGUCCUUAGCAUCCAUGAGGACAGUGCUAGCUAACGGGCAGACAUCAUCACAUGCAAUUAUUACGACUGGGCAUAUUGGCUUUUGGGAGAUUAUUCCGGCGGCAUUGGCGCGUCCAGCUGUACCUGUCCAGACGCAGUGGAUUGUGUAUCGUCCCCUUCAUAAUGCUGCACUGGAUGAUCUGGUCGCCUCGAUUCGCAGUGCACCUGGCAGGCGCUUCAUUGCGGACAAGAAAUGCUAUGGACUUCUUCGCGACGUGCUUCAACGUCCUAAUGCGAAUGGCAAUGCUGCACAGUUGGUCGGGCUUGUAGCAGAUCAGCGCUGCAACAGUGAACGUACACGCGCGACCGUGACGUUUCUCGGUCAGCCCACACACAUGGCGACUGGUGCAGCUCGAUUGCACAUGGAGACAGGAGCAACGCUUUGGUUUACGUCGGUGCUGCACAACAAGCGCUUCUACGCGUCGUCCGAUCCGAGUGAGAAGCCCUUCCAUCUCGUGUUGCGACCAGUAUGACCACGUUGCGAUAGUUGUUUGCAGUUUUUAUUUUCUAGCUGACCGCUGUUUGCCUUCCUUCCAAUCCAGAUCUCUAUGAAUGCAGCAACCACAGCGACAACGGCUCAGGAACACGCAACCGAGGUCGUACAGACAUACGCAUCGAUGCUGGAGAGACUGGUGCUCGAGUACCCAGAGCAGUAUCUCUGGAUGCACGACUUAUGGAAUGCCAAGCAGCCAACAGCGAAUCUCGUGCAGUAGAUUUGAUUUGGUCACGUUGAAGUGGAUAAUAUAAACCCAUUUUGGCCACCAAAAAAGGUUAAAUGCAUAAACACUCAUUUUUGACACCC